AUGCUCACAUUAGCACUUAUUGUUGGGCUCACAUACUUGACAUUUGUGCUUAUUACCAAUACCUUGAGGUCGAUUCUUCCGGUGAGACGAAUCUUGACAUAUUUUGCAAACAUGAUUCCCCCAUCUGUGGGAAGAGCAGAGGUUGCAAAUGCCACAACAGCAAAAGAGAUCCAAAAGAAUGUUGAAAGUGAAAAGAUAAAAAGUGCCGCCAAGAAUAAUCCGUCAAAAGAGAUAGUUAAAACAAACGAGUCGAAGAAAAACGACUAA